AUGCUUCAGUUAUUCUAUAUUCUACUUCUCUUUAUUACUGGUGUUGCCUUGCCACCACUGAAACUAUGACAUUCAGUCUGUGCCAUGAAAGCAGAUGAAGGUCUGUGCAAAGCAAUCCAUAUCUGCUAUUACUUCAAUAUUCAAAGCUGCAAAUGUGAAAUAUUUGAAUAUGGUGGAUGCCAUGGCAAUGAAAACAACUUCCCAACACUGGAAGAAUGUCAGAAGAAGUGUGUGAUAACAGAAUUGCCUCCAAAGAUGAUGAUAGCAAAAAUUAUGAAAGAAAAGCCCAGCUUCUGCUUUCAUGAGAAAGACCCUGGAAUCUGCCAAGGCUAUUUUUCCAGGUAUUUCUACAACAAAGAGACAAAGAUAUGUGAAGUAUUUAAAUAUGGUGGGUGCCUAGGAAACCAGAACAGCUUCAAGAAUUUGGAAGAUUGCCAGACUACCUGCUAAGGCAACUUAAAUUUAUUGCCAAUUGUUCCAGCUGAAGAGCAUCGUAACACAAGGAACAGUAGUUCCCCAGAGGAAGAACCCAAGCAGUUGCCUGGGAUUUUUGAACCACCUCUUAUCCCUUCACUGUGCAUGACCCCCAUGGACAGAGGACUUUGUAAAGCCAAGGUUAUGCUUUUCUACAACUUCUCAACUGGAAGAUGUCACCCAUUUAGCUACAUUCGUUGUGAUGGGAAUGAGAAUAAUUUCACCUCCAGAAAGUCAUGUUUGAGGCUCUGCAAGAAAGGUAUGGGAAGUGAUACUGCCACAGACCCUGGUAAGAGGUGAAUAUGGAGGCUGAAACAUUAUUGCAACUUUCGGUAUUAAGAAUUGGCCUGAUAAAAUAUCAAUAGUUGGAAGUCUUAGAAAAGUGAAAAUGGAAAUCAGAAAAAAGACAGAGCUAGCGAGAGAAAGAUGGACGGUGAAACGCAGUGCACGAGAACACAAACAAGACAACCUGUCACAUGUAAGGCAUAUGAAAGCUUUGGGUAAAUGUUUUUGAUAUGUUCUUUUUCUUGUUUUAAGAGUAUUUCUUAAAAACAGAACUUGAGUUUUAUUUCUGAUGACCUUAGAUGUGUUAGACCUACAGCAUCUAAUCUUACUCUAUUCAAUUUAACUUUAAGAUUUAAUAAAACAAAAGGCAAAAGAAGAUUAAUAAAAAUCAAGAAGAAAAGAAACAGUCAGUAAAGUCUCUGGGCGAGGAAAUCGUCCCUGAAAGAAUACAACAUUGAUUUUUAUGGAAAUAUGAAGUAAACUACUAUUCACCCAUGAAUGAAAGCCUUUAAUGUACACCAUAUAAACAUAUCCACUGUACUGACUGUUUUUGUUUUGAUUAGAUAUAAUUAUGCUGUUUAUAUUUUUAUUAUGUAUGUUUAUUCAUGUUAAUAAACAUUACCUUUUACUCUCAUAAAGGCUCUUAAAAUUUGAUUUUAUGUAAUUGUCAGAGUUGAAACAGGACAGAGCAGAUUGUGUGGGCAUAGAACUCGUAAUGAUUAAAAAGUACACGAGAUUCAAAUUUACUUUAUUACCCUAUUAUUUUCUGAAACCUGUUUUUGUGCUAAAGAAAGCAUAGUGCUUGUCAAACAGCAGCCACUUGUCAAGCAUGAUUGUUUCAAGCAUACAUUAAAAGAUAGGUCUGUUGCUAGAAACAGGAAAUUGACACUGAAUUUGUUUUAAUCAGAUUUAUUUUAGGCUACGCAAGCUACAUUUAACUCCAUUGAAGUGCAUAUAAUUACAGUAUUUUAAAGUGAAUAUGUGAUCAGAAUUAACCCAACAAAAAACAUAGAGUGAGUGUUAAAGAUGUGUGAAGCAGGGUGACAGAUACUGGCUAAGAUUUAAUAAUAUAUAUGCUGGGAUCACUGAUUUUUAUCCUUGUUACUGAACCAGAGUUCUGGCUAGCAAGGUCAUAAUUUCCAGAAAUAUAUACUGAAUUUUUACAAAGAGUUGGACCGUUGUGUUGGAGAUAAAACUAUGCUUACGCUCCCAUUGACUUUGAGGGUUUUUUUGGUUGUGUUUUUGUGGGGUUUGUUAAGACUGACAUGAACUUUCAGGCAGUGGAACAGGCUGCCCAGGGAGGUGGUCGAGUCGCCUUCCCUGGAGGUGUUUAAGGAACGGGUGGAUGAAGUGCUUAGGGACAUGGUUUAAGGGAGUGUUAGGAAUGGUUGGACUCGAUGAUCCAGUGGGUCCUUUCCAACCUGGUGGUUCUAUGAUUCUAUGAAACAGUGGUAACAGUUCCUUCGCCUCCUCCAAAGCACUUCUCCGAUCUUGGGUAAAUCUUUUAUAAUGAGAUUUGGGGCAGGGGGAAAGAGUUGAGACACCACCUGGAGCCUUGUGUCCAGUUCUGGAAUCCUCAACAUAAGAAGGAUGUAAAGCUUUUGGAAUGGAUCCAGAGGAGGCUAAGAAGGUGAUCCGAGGGCUGGAGCACCUCCCAUAUGAAGACAAGCUGAGAGAGUUGGGGUUGUUCAGCCUGGAGAAGAGAAGGCUGCGAGAAGACCUCAGAGCAGCUUCCAGUGCUGAAAGGGGCUCCAGGAAAGCUGGGGAGGGGCUGUUUACAAAGGAACGGAGUGAUAGGACAAGGGGCAAUGGCUAUAAGCUGGAGAGGGGAAGACUUAGACAUUAUGAGGAAAUUCUUCACGAUGAGGGUGGAGAGGCCCUGGCACGGGUUGCCCAGAGCAGUGGUGGCUGCCCCAUCCCUGGAGGGGUUCAAGGCCAGGUUGGAUGCGGCUUGGAGCCCCAGAUCCAGUGGGAGGCGUCUCUGGAACCGGAUGGGGGUUGAGGUCCCUUCCGACCCAAACCACUCUAUGAUUCUAUUAAGUUGUUUAGAAGCACCUUGCUGCUUAUCAAACGAAGGACAGCAGGGUAGUUUUGGAAAGCUUUCCCAACUUCUUUGAUGUUGUAAAUCUUGAUGCAUUGCGUUUUCUCUUAAGCUUAGAAUCACCAGGUUGGAAAAGAUCCACUGGAUCAUCGAGUCCAAGUUAAAAGGAUGAAGAUCCUUUUAAGGAUCCUUAAAAGGUAUGAAGAUCGUUACGCUGCUGUCGGAGAGGUGGCGUGGAAGCAGAUGGGGCGGAUUGGAGGAGCUCGGGCGCUGCAGCACACGAGCAAAUGGUUUUCCCACGCGGCCCCGGUGGCGGUUCCCCGCGGCAGUGGCAGCGCGCUCUCGGCUCGGCAGGGGGCAGCACGGAGCCGCCGCCGCGGGGCUCGGGGGUCGCGGUGCCCGUGCCGCAGGCGCCCCGCAGCUCCCGGCGUCGCUCGUCGCAUGGAUUGCGAGCCCUGAACUUUGCAGACCGGUUUCACCGUUUGUGAUGAGAGGUGGAAUUGAUUUAUUUUUGUCCCCUUGGCGUGGUUUUCAGCUCCCCUCGGUGGAAGCGCAGUCGUGGUGCUGUUGCAAUCCCUUCGAGCCGCCGGUAACCGGGCGCCGGUGCCGGUGCUUUUCGGUGCCCUCGGGGGGCAGAGGAAGGGGCGGCUGGAGGAGCGCGGGGGCCUCCUGUGUCCUUGGAGUGCAAAUCACACCGGGGAGAGGUCUCACA